UGAAAUUUAUUAGCAAUUAUCGGCUCUUUAGCGGUAAUGAUUUUGCUGUGCUUAUUCCUUUUUGACAUGCAAAGAUGGUAACCAAUGUGCACGCUUUUCUUGAGAGCUUUUUUGUUUCAUAGAAUAUAUCGCAAUUGAUGAAAACCCCUCAUUUGUUUUUUCAUAAUAGCGUGAACCCACCAAAAACUUUCCUUUGAUUGCGCCAUUAAUCUCCCCUGAUGAUGUAAAACUCCAUCAAAAUCUAACUUUAGGGUUCCUGUAGUUCUUGAGACUGUUUUGUGGGAGUGCGGAUUUUUUUAAAUUGUUGUGUUUGAGAGAGAGAGAGGCAGAGGGGGUUAUGGAAUGAUUAAGGUUGAAUUAGAGAAGCCAAGCAUGGGUUAGAGCAAUUAUUGGAUUGAAUUUGCAUUGUUAAAUUACUUUUCAUACUUUUAUAUAUACCUUUUUGUGGCCAAAGGAUGUGGGAAUCUAAUCUCCCACAUUUCUAAUGAAAUUUAGGAGAAGAAAAUGUAUACCUUCUUGAGCCUCUCAACAAGGAGUUGAUGAAGAUGAAGUGUACUGGGAGUGGACCGGAAGAAACAAGACAAAGAAUCAGCAUGGUCACAUAAUUCAGCUCAUGUAAUAUCACAGUUAGCUCAGUGCUUUACUAAUGCUAUGUUUGGAUCACGAUCGUGGAUAGGAGGAUUGUUUAGCCGUGCCAACCAUAGAAGAUCUGGAAGCACACAAUUUCUUGACUACACUUUGACCCCUAUUCAGGAAGAAAGACUGCAAAGGCUUAAAGAACGUCUAGGAGUACCUUAUGAUGAGACGCGGAAUGAACAUCAAGAAGCUCUUCAAGCCUUGUGGGAUGCUACCUUCCCCGGCGUUAAGCUUAAAGGUAUGAUAUCCGAGCAGUGGAAAGAUAUGGGAUGGCAGGGAGCAAAUCCGGCGACUGAUUUCAGGGGCUGCGGCUUCCUCUCGCUUGAAAACUUGCUUUAUUUCGCCCAAAAUUACCCGGUUUGUGUUUUCUACGCUAGUGAUGAUCUUUUUGCAGUUGGGUAUAUUACACUUGCAACAUGGUUUUCAACUAAUACGAAAAAUUUGAAGGUUGCGUUUAGUAGGGUACGUCAAAAGCAAUCUGGAGAGCGUUCGGAAUGGGAGUAUCCGUUUGCUGUGGCUGGCAUUAACGUUUCGUUCAUGCUGACUCAGAUGCUCGACUUACAUUCAGAAAUGCCCAAAUGCCUUCCCGGAUUUAACUUUGUCAGAUUAUUAGGAAAAGACAAAGAUGCAUUCGACAUCCUCUAUUGUAUAGCUUUCACGAUGAUGGACGCUCAAUGGCUUGCAAUGCAGGCUUCCUACAUGCAGUUCAAUGAAGUGUUGCAAGUAACAAGAACACAAUUGGAAAGAGAAUUAUCUUUAGAAGAUGUUCAUAGAAUACGUGAUUUGCCAGCUUAUAACUUUUUGUUUCAUGAGUAGUUAUAUGUAUACUUAGUUCCAAGAUUUAGAAGUGUUGGGGGCGUUUUUUGCAACGAAAAUUCUUCGUCAUGUUAUGGUGUGUUUAGAGAUGCACUUCGUGGAUUAGCUUACCCGGUGUAGCAUCUUCCGUCUGUCUCGUGCUUAAGCCCGCUACGAGACUAGUCGGAUCAUGUGAUGAGAAUUUCAUCAGUUGCAGCAUCUAUGAAAUUGAGGUAACGAUAUGGUGUACUAACUAACAUGUACAAUCUUUGUAUAAUAGUUCUUUUUUUUCUUCAGAUUAACUGUUAUAUUUAAGAUAAAAUGUGUUUCCCUAGUAAUUGUCUUUUUA